GCUGGGGAGGCACGGGUCGGGCUGGUGCGUUCCAUCCUGGCCAUGGCAGCGGCGCCGCUGAAAGUGUGCAUCGUGGGCUCGGGGAACUGGGGUUCAGCUGUUGCAAAAAUAAUUGGUAAUAAUGUCAAGAAACUUAAGAAGUUUGCCUCCACUGUUAAGAUGUGGGUCUUUGAAGAAACAGUUAAUGGGAGAAAACUGACAGACAUCAUAAAUAAUGACCAUGAAAAUGUAAAAUAUCUCCCUGGACACAAGCUGCCAGAAAAUGUGGUCGCCGUCCCAAACCUCAGCGAGGCGGUGCAGGACGCAGACCUGCUAGUGUUUGUCAUUCCCCACCAGUUCAUUCACAGAAUCUGUGACGAGAUCACUGGGAGAGUGCCCAAGGAAGCACUGGGCAUCACCCUCAUCAAGGGCAUAGACGAGGGUCCUGAGGGGCUGAAGCUCAUUUCCGACAUCAUCCGGGAGAAGAUGGGCAUUGACGUCAGUGUGCUCAUGGGAGCCAACAUUGCCAGUGAGGUGGCUUCAGAGAAGUUUUGUGAGACCACCAUUGGCAGCAAAAUAAUGGAGAAUGGCCUUCUCUUCAAAGAACUUCUGCAGACUCCAAAUUUUCGAAUUACUGUGGUAGACGACGCAGACACUGUUGAACUCUGUGGUGCUCUUAAGAACAUUGUAGCGGUGGGAGCCGGGUUCUGUGAUGGCCUCCAUAGCGGGGACAACACCAAAGCUGCCGUCAUCCGCCUGGGGCUCAUGGAAAUGAUCGCCUUCGCCAGGAUCUUCUGCAAGGGCCAGGUGUCCACGGCCACCUUCCUGGAGAGCUGUGGCGUGGCUGACCUCAUCACCACCUGCUACGGAGGCCGGAACCGCAGGGUGGCUGAGGCGUUUGCCAAAACCGGGAAGACCAUCGAAGAAUUGGAGAAGGAGAUGCUGAACGGACAGAAGCUCCAAGGACCGCAGACGUCAGCUGAAGUAUACCGGAUCCUGAAACAGAAGGGGCUGGUCGACAAGUUCCCAUUGUUUACGGCAGUGUAUCAGAUCUGCUAUGAAGGCAAACCCGUUCAAGAGAUGUUGUCCUGUCUCCAGAGCCACCCAGAGCACGUCUAAAGUGGAUGGUGCAGCGUCGUGGGGAACGUGUUGCCUUUCUGAUCAGUCUUUUUCGUUCAGAUGGAAACUGGGACCGGGCAACACGAUGUUUGCUUGACCAUAAUCCCGUCAUGGGUGAGGAUGAAUUUUUAUGAGUUCAGUUUUGAAUUGCAAGACGCAGUUCACUGGCUGAGAUGUGGUAGGCAACAAAUAGACACAUGUAUGAAUGUGUGAGUCUGUGUUCAUUUCUCAUGCUGUGGAUAUUUCUAUGAACCAAAAUUAAAGGUCCUUUUUAAAAAAUUAUUUUUGAAUUUUCCCACCAUGGUAGCUUAGAAGAUGGGAAUGAGCUCAGCUAAAUUUUUUACGUCUAAUCCAUAUGCAUUUGAGUGAGGGGAUUUUAUUUUUUUCUCAUUCUCUUGAAGUUAAAACUGAACCAGCAUUUCCAUGGUAGAACAGAGGAGUGAGUGUGUUCAAAGAUCAACAUACUGUAACUUAAACUCUAUCUCAAAGCCAGCAUAAUUAACUACUUUGAUUGUGGGUUGAUCUUUUUUUAACAAUUAGAGAUUUUUAAUUGGGUGAUCCACUUAUAUAUCUUCCUCUUCGCAGUUUUCUGCAUUUUUAGCCUCUUUUCUCAUCAUUCGCUGCCAGAAUGUGCUUUCGUAUAGAGGCUCAGCAGUAACAGAAGGCAGAAAACGCAUCUAGGCUUUUCCUGCUGUGACUCACACAUUCUACUGACUAAUGACCCUUGUAUGAUGCUUUUUCUUGGGUAGUCCUUUUGUGCAAACAUUUCCUCUGAGCCUCACAGAUCCACUGAGAUGGGACUCCCGUUAUUCCUCUUUUGAGUUGCAGUCAUGGUACUUGGUCACCUGGCAAGUAGGGGGAGAGCUGAGAGUCAAGUCCAGUGUUCCUCCACCCCACCGCGGUGCCUAGACCUCCGGUAUCACCAAGCCGAUCCGACCUCCAGCUGAUGGGUCGUGGGAGAUGGCAUGUGCAGCCUUUCCUGAGACUCGAACAGGGCUUUGUGCCACUGAGAUUGGCGUGGGCCAUUGUCUAGACGGCUGCUGCUCACUGUGGUCCUCACUCCAUUAGCUUCCCUUAGAGUCUCAGAAAUGCAGGUUCCCAGGUCCCACCCCAGGCUUCUCAACGGGAGUGAGGUAUCUGUCUAUACUUUAAUAUGCCUUCCACGUGUUUCUGAUGCUCACUACAACUUGAGAACCACUACUUUAGAAAGUCUGCUCAGAUUGGCAUUUCUCAAACCAUGUCCCAUAGGACAUGAGUGUCCUGGGAUCCCAUGGUGGUUUGGGGUGUUCUCCGGCAAGAUCAAGUGCAUCUGGAAAAAGCUGCCUCUGCACACCCCUCUUGAAGGCUUAGAAUGUGUGUUAGUUUGUCAGUGGAACUAUCCAGCAAGUUCCAAACAUCUUAGACUACCAAGGUUUCUUUGAGAAUCUUGCCGAGUCUUUAAGGGAACACUGAUCUAGGCUGCGGUGACCUGAGGACGGCCCAGGUAUACCCUUCACUCCCUGCAGAAGUGAGGAUGAAUGACUUACCCACCUGUGGCAUUGUUAGCUCUGAACUUUCACAGUUCAGGCCUGCAGUGAAUCUUUGAUGAAGCUUUAAGGUGACACGGUCAAGUACAACCAAGUGGAGGUCAGCCUCGCUGAAACGCACAUUAUGUCGAAUAAGUGCUUUUAAUUCUACAGUUAGAAUGAGAAUUACUGUAUCUUCUUAAAUGAGAUUGAUUUCAGGAUAGCAUUAUAGUUAUCUUACAUAGCACUUGGAAAGUGUUAAGGGAACGUAUGAAUGUCACUUACAUAUUCAUGGAUUUUCAGUCACUUUGUGAGAUUUUGACUUUUUUUUUUUU